AUGGCAAUUCCACUUCCCUCAAUUGCCGUUCCCGGUCAACGGUUAGGCCCCGCCUCAUCCUUCAUUCCCGGUCCGGGAACACACAUCCAAGACUCCUUCGUCUGCGCCUCGAUAGCUGGACCUGUCAUUCUCAAAAAGAUCGAGGAAUUAUCGAAACAACAACAGCAACAAGCAAACACCAAACAACGGAGGGAACUGGUAACUAUCGCACGCUCUUUUGCGCAGACAGUCAAUGAUGCAUGUGCAGAUGCGGGGAAGCAGCCGCAACAGCAGGUUGGGAUAAAUGGAACUCCACAUUCACAACGGCAAUUAAAUGCAGCGACAACGACGACAGCAACAACAACAGCAGCAGCAGCAGCAACUACCACUCUGAAAAGACAAAAAUAUAAAUACAACACCCUCCCUGCGGUAGACUCUAUCGUCCUCGCCCGCGUCACCCGCGUCCAGAAACGCCAAGCAACCCUCUCCAUCCUCGUCGUCCUCGACGACAACCACCCUCUCAACCCUACUUCCCCAUCCUACGACACCACCAACACCGUCAACCCCUCCCUCCUUUCCACCACAAACGCCGACCCCCUCAACGCCGACGACCUCCGCUUCCAAGCCCUAAUCCGCAAAGAAGACGUGCGCACCGUCGAAAAGGACAGCGUCGUGAUGGACGAGAUGUUCCGCGUCGGCGACAUUGUGCGGGCCGUGGUGAUUUCGUUGGGCGAUCAGAGCUUUUAUUACUGUUCGACGGCGCGAAAUGAGUUGGGAGUUGUUAUGGGGAGGAGUGAGGCGGGGAAUGUGCUUGUGCCGGUUAGUUGGAGAGAGAUGGUUGAUGGAAAGACAGGGAGGAGGGAGUGGAGGAAGGUUGCUAGGCCGUUUUGA